AUGAUCCCAUCCUUAUACGGACAGCUAGCUACAGCUGGAACUAUUGCUGAUCCACUUGUACAAGCUGCUGCUGCUGCUUUAGCUGCCCAGUCGGCGGCUGCUGCAGCAAAUGUGAAUGAUUCGCUCACAUUCACAGGCCCGCGUGAUACAACAUUCACGAAAAUUUUCGUUGGUGGAUUACCGUAUCAUACAUCUGAUAAGACACUUCAUGAGUAUUUUGAGCAGUUCGGCGAAAUUGAAGAAGCCGUUGUUAUCACCGAUCGACAGACCCAGAAAAGUCGCGGAUAUGGUUUUGUAAGUUUUACGCUCAUUGACGUAUCGAUGGUAACAAUGAAGGAUCGAGCGGCUGCCGAUCGUGCCUGUAAGGAUCCAAAUCCAAUCAUUGAUGGUCGCAAAGCAAAUGUUAACCUGGCAUAUUUGGGUGCUAAACCGCGUGGUAACAUACAGCUUGCUGGUUUGUUUAUUUGAAC